AUGUCAACUCGCGGACGCGGUCGCGGGCGAGGUAGAGGUAGGACAGGCACCGUUACUCCUGCCCCCAUAGGGACUGAUCCAGUAGACUUUAUGGCUGCCCUAGGAAAUAUGGCCGCAGCUAUGCAGGCAACAGCUGAGGCACUGGGUAAUCAAAUAAAUCAGGGUAAUCAUGGGAACAAUAAUGAUGAGAACGGUCCUAUGACACUUGCAACGUUUCUGAAAGUUCACCCUCCGACUUUUAGGGGAUCCUCAAAUCCCACUGAUGCAGAUAAUUGGAUCCAGGCUAUGGAACGGGCAUUACAGGCCCAACAGGUUCCUGAGGAGCAAUGGGUUGAAUUUGGAACUUAUCAGCUGCAAGGUGAGGCUCAGUAUUGGUGGCAGGGAACCCGACGUAUCUUACAGCCUGAUGGUGCUGCAAUUCCUUGGGAGGUUUUCCGGACAGAGUUCUAUAAGAAAUACUUUCCUAAUUCAACCAGAAAUGCCAAGGAACUUGAAUUAAUGCAGUUAAAGCAGGGACAGAUGACUGUUGCUGAGUAUACUAGUAAAUUUGAGGAGUUAUGUCGCUUUUCUCGUAUCUGUCAAGGUGCGCCUGAAGAUUUUACUGAAUGGAAGUGUAUUAAAUAUGAGGGAGGUCUUCGGAGCGAUAUUCUGAGCUUCGUUGCCCCAAUGGAGAUCAGGGUAUUUUCUGAAUUGGUAAAUAAGAGUAGAGUGGCUGAGGAUUGUGUGAGGAAGGCGGCAGCAGAGAAAGGAAGUUUGAGGAUGCCUUUUCAGAGGCCUUCUGGGAGGAACUUUGCUCCGAGAGGUAGAAAUUUCAAGCGUGGAGGUUUUGUUCCGCAGCAGACUCAGGAUCAAGGUAAUUACAGAAGGCCGAAUACCAAUGCUAGUCAAGGAAAAAGGUUUGGGAAGCAGCCACAGCAAGAUCUGAACUGUCAGAAGUGCGGAAGGUAUCACCCUGGAGUUCCGUGCAGAUUCGGACUUGGAGUAUGCUAUUCUUGUGGACAGCCCGGGCAUAUGGCCACCAAUUGCCCGAAGAAGAAGAAGUAUGAGACUGGUAGGGUGCAGCAGCCAGGGAGAGUAUACACCACUUCUACUAUAGGUGCUGAGGGAUCUGAGACACUGAUUAGAGCUAAUUGUGAAAUGGCUGCUAUGAUGACUAGGAUAGGAUGUCCACAAGUUCCCUUUCGAGUACAACAACAUGAAUUUGUGCAUGAUUUGAUUUGUUUGCCUAUGACUGGUCUUGAUCUCAUUUUGGGAUUGGAUUGGUUAUCCAAGAAUCAUGUUUUACUUGAUUGUUCUGAAAAGUCAGUACAGUUUAUGCCGAAAGGGUCAGAAGCACCGGUUAUAGUGUAUAGUUACUAUUUGAAUUCUAUGAUAGUAAACUAUUCUGGAACUGAAUGUCAGGGUAUUAUGUUAUUAACUGCGGGAGUAUCAGGUGAUGAUCAGAGUUUAGAGCAGAUUCCGGUUGUAUGUGAAUUUCCAGAUGUGUUUUCGGAUGAUAUUAAUGAAUUCCCACCUAACCGAGAGGUUGAAUUUGCAAUCGAGUUGAAGAAGGAUGGGAGUAUGCGGUUGUGUGUCGAUUAUCGGCAAUUGAAUAAAAUCACAGUGAAGAAUAAAUAUCCGUUGCCUAGAAUCGAUGAUCUAAUGGAUCAGUUACAGGGUGCCGGUGUGUUUUCUAAGAUUGAUCUGCGAUCCGGAUAUCAUCAGAUAAGGGUUAGAAAUGAGGAUAUUCCGAAAACUGCUUUCAGAACCCGUUAUGGUCAUUAUGAGUAUACAGUAAUGUCUUUCGGGUUAACUAAUGUCCCCGCAGUAUUUAUGGAUUAUAUGAACAGGAUUUUCCGACCAUAUUUGGACAAGUUUGUUAUUGUCUUCAUUGAUGAUAUUCUUGUUUAUUCUAAGACUGAAGAGGAGCAUGCUGAUCACUUGCGAACUGUGCUGCAAAUACUGAGAGACAGAAAGUUGUAUGCUAAGUUAUCUAAAUGUGAGUUCUGGAAGAGUGAAGUGAAGUUUCUCGGCCACGUGGUGAGUAAGCAGGGAAUAGCUGUGGAUCCUGCUAAGGUGGAAGCAGUGAUGAAUUAG